AUGUCUUCAUAUCUCAUCACCGGUACCACCCGAGGCCUAGGUCUUACCCUAACCCGGCAGCUCCUCGAGAUGCCCGCCAGUCAGGUUGGCAAGGUCAUUGUCCUCAACCGCCGCGAGCCGACUCCCCCACUACAAGAGCUCAUAAACAAGUACUCUGGCCGUCUCUUCCCCGUCACCGCCGCCGUCGCCGAUACCGAGUCGGUAAAUAAGGCCGCAGAAGAGGUCAAGUCCAUUCUCGGCUCACAAGGUCUCGAUGUGCUUGUCAACAAUGCAGGAUUUCAGGCUUUCAGCGAGAACGGCGUUCUCGGCAUGACUGAAGAGCAAUUGACCAGCUCCCUGGACAUCAACGUCACUGGCCCUCACCGGGUAAUUGUUGCCUUCCUGCCACUUUUGAGGGCCGGCAAGGAGAAGAAAAUCAUUAACAUUACGAGUUCCAUGGGAUCGAAUGGAUGGGCAUGGUUCACAAAGCAUGCCCCGUCGCCUGCGUACAAGAUUGCCAAGGCGGCAAUGAACAUGCUCAACACACAAUAUGCCAUGUAUCUACAGGAUGAGGGUUUCACGUGCCUGCUCAUUUCCCCUGGGUGGAUGAGAACAGAUCUUGGCGGGCCUAAUGCCGAUCUGGACGUAGAGGAGGGCACACUUGGAACCAAGAACGUCAUCUUGAACGCGACCAAGGCAGAGAAUGGCAAGUUCCUCAAUAUCCACGUCCCCGGAAAGGAAGAGUCUUUUGGGCGAUAUGAUGGGAAGGAGGUACCAUAUUAG